UCAUGUGAAACAUUUGAGGACUGGAGAGAGUGGCCACCAAGCUGUCAUCUUCCUCCUGAACUGACGGGCUAUUAAUUAUUAUUAUUUGUAGAUUUUUCAUUUCUCCUGUGAGGAACGCUAGGUAGCUAGCGUGCUAUUUGAAGACUGGAGCAGGACGCAGAGGAUAGUAUGGCCAUGACUGGAGGGAUGGCAGCGCCCCUCCCCAUGAGUAACCACACCCGCGAGAGGGUGACGGUGGCCAAGCUUACACUGGAGAACUUCUACAGCACGCUGCUUACCCAGCAUGAGGAGCGGGAGAUGAGACAGAAGAAGCUGGAGAAAGUGAUGGAAGAGGAAGGGUUGCCAGACGAGGAGAAAGUCAUGCGACGUUCUCAGCAUGCCCGCAAAGAGACAGAGUUCCUGCGACUCAAGAGGACUCGACUGGGACUGGAUGACUUUGAGUCUCUCAAAGUUAUCGGCAGGGGUGCCUUUGGAGAGGUACGUCUUGUACAGAAAAAGGACACUGGACACAUUUAUGCCAUGAAGAUCCUGAGGAAAGCUGAUAUGUUGGAGAAAGAGCAGGUGGCUCAUAUUCGUGCAGAACGGGAUAUUCUGGUGGAAGCUGAUGGAGCUUGGGUGGUGAAGAUGUUUUACAGCUUCCAGGAUAAGAGGAAUCUUUACCUCAUCAUGGAGUUCCUGCCUGGAGGAGAUAUGAUGACGUUGUUGAUGAAGAAGGACACGCUGUCUGAAGAGGCAACACAGUUCUAUAUUGCUGAGACAGUCCUUGCCAUAGACUCUAUUCACCAGCUGGGCUUCAUUCACAGAGACAUCAAACCAGACAAUUUAUUACUAGACUCACGGGGGCAUGUCAAACUGUCAGACUUUGGCCUGUGCACUGGCCUGAAGAAGGCCCACCGGACUGAAUUUUAUAGGAACCUCACACACAACCCUCCCAGUGACUUUUCAUUUCAAAACAUGAACUCAAAAAGGAAAGCAGAGACGUGGAAGAAGAACCGGAGACAGCUGGCAUAUUCCACAGUUGGUACACCAGACUACAUUGCUCCAGAAGUGUUCAUGCAGACUGGAUAUAACAAGCUUUGUGAUUGGUGGUCACUUGGAGUCAUUAUGUAUGAGAUGUUGAUAGGCUAUCCACCAUUCUGCUCGGAGACCCCACAGGAGACGUACAGAAAGGUGAUGAACUGGAAGGAGACACUUGUGUUCCCUCCUGAGGUGCCCAUUUCAGAGAAAGCCAAGGAUCUUAUCCUCAGGUACUGUACUGAUGCUGAAAACCGUAUUGGUGCAGUCAGUGUGGAGGAGAUAAAAAGCCAUCCAUUCUUUGAGUCUGUAGACUGGGAACACAUCAGAGAGAGACCUGCUGCCAUCUCUAUUGAAAUCAAAAGCAUUGAUGACACAUCCAACUUUGAUGACUUCCCCGAGUCAGACAUUUUACAGCCAGUGACAAAUGUAACAGAGCCUGAUUUCAAGUCCAAGGACUGGGUCUUCCUCAACUAUACCUACAAGCGAUUUGAGGGACUGACACAGCGUGGCACCAUCCCCACCUACAUGAAGACGGGCAAAGCCUGAGACAGACAGCUGCUCCAGCCAAUGGAGCAGGUAGUUUGGAAGAUGAAGGCAGGGUUGCUGUUUGAGUGACAACUUGAAUAUAAUUGUCGACUCAUUGCUGCUGGACUAAACUCAGAUGCUCCGCCUCUCUGCCUGCUCCUUUAACAGCCCACAUAGAUCUGUCAGGCAGGUUUAAACAGGGUGCUGUUACUCCAGUGAGUUGUUGUUAACAUGGCCACUGCUUAAUUAGAUCUUUAGCCAGUGGUGUGGUCACCAAUGGAAAAAAAAUGCUCGCUUACAUACUUUAGAGAUUGUCCUCCAUCCUGCUAAUGUUGUUCGGGUACGGCAUGGACAACAAAGCGCACACUUGCAUGUAGUUCAAACACUGUUCCACAGGGUCACAAACACUGUAUUCAUUCACAGGGUCACAAAAUAUGAGGGAUUCCAGGAAGCUAAAUUCCUUCAAGCCGCCUUAUGUAUAUAAACAGAUAACAGGUUAAAGGAUGUACUGUGUUCUUUCCACUUUUUUGAACUUUUUAAGGUAAAGUCAAUUAGAAAGUUGUGUGAACUGUAGAUAAUGGUGCUUUAGCGAUCCUAAAAAGUUGUUUUAUCCAACAGUGCACCUCAAACCAGGUGGAAGGAGGCUUUUACCUGCCAGACAAAGUUCUGAGUUUAACAGAAUGAAACAGAGAGGAGACACAUACUCUCAAGUCAUGCUUGAGGAUCUCCUCAGUCAAAAUGCAUCAUCUUUUUUUGGAUAGCGGACAGCUACAUCAAUAUUUGUGGAACACAUAUUUAUGAAGAAUCUGACUUUCUUACUGAAUCUGAGAAAACAACAGACAUCCCUCUGUGCCUCGCUCGCUCACAGCAGGACUGGGCACUGCUCCCUCUGCAGAGCUCUAGUGUAUGCAAUCUUUGGCUCCAACACCAUUUAAACAUAGAAAAGAUGGGAGAUACUGCUUCAUCGCCAAAGUUAUUUUACUUCAUAGACAAGCACUGGUUCAUGUGGAUGCCUUUAUGUAAACACCGUUUUAUUGUACAAA